CCGCCAUUGUCAGCCCCACCCAUUUCCUUCCCUUCGGUCGAGGCAGGCCGCAGCAAUAAAUCUAGGUCCGGAGUCGACUCCGUUCCCCCCAUUCCCAGAACCAUUCCGACCGGCGAACCCAUUCAAUAACAGCCCCGUUCGUCCGUCACAUUCUGUUCUUUCACCGGUGGUCUGAUCUUGCUCUGAGCAUCGUCCGUCCCAAGCCCCCCGUCGUACGCGCGUGAUCCGACCCAGCCCGUCCUCGUCCACAUGGCCCUCAACCUGACCCACCAGACCGGCGCUGCGGCCAUCGCGGCCACCCCGGCGCCGGGCGCGCGCGCUUCGGUGUUCGCGGCGGCCUCGCCCGCCGCCGCCGCCGCCGCCGGCUCCGUGGUGGCGCCGGCGCAGGCGGCCAGCCUGAGGGUGCAGGCGCAGAUGGUGGAGCCCGCGCAGCCGCAGGCGCCGGACAUGUUCCAGGCCAUGGCGCCCGACCAGCAGCAGCAGGGCGAGGCCGCGCACCCGGACGCGGGCGGCGAGGAAGCGCGCAAGGUGGGCGUGCCGGUGUUCGUGAUGAUGCCGCUGGACACGGUGCGCAAGGACGGCAGCGCGCUGAACCGGCGCAAGGCCGUGCAGGCGUCCCUGGCGGCGCUCAAGAGCGCCGGCGCGGCCGGCAUCAUGGUGGACGUGUGGUGGGGCAUCGCCGAGAGCGAGGGCCCCGGCCAGUACAACUUCGCCGGCUACAUCGAGCUCAUGGAAAUGGCCAAGAAGGCCGGGCUCAAGGUGCAGGCCGUCAUGUCCUUCCACCAGUGCGGCGGCAACGUCGGAGACUCAGUCAACAUACCACUUCCGAAAUGGGUAACGGAGGAGAUGGACAAGGACCAGGACCUGGCGUACACGGACAGGUGCGGCCGCCGGAACUACGAGUACAUCUCGCUGGGCGCCGACACGCUCCCGGCGCUCAAGGGCCGCAGCCCCGUCCAGUGCUACGCCGACUUCAUGCGCGCCUUCCGCGACCACAUGGCGCCCUACAUGGGCAACACCAUCUGCGAGAUCCAGGUCGGCAUGGGCCCCGCCGGCGAGCUCCGCUACCCCUCCUACCCGGAGAGCAACGGCACCUGGUCCUUCCCCGGCAUCGGCGAGUUCCAGUGCUACGACCGCUACAUGCGCGCCAGCCUCAAGGCCGCCGCCGAGGCCGUCGGCAGGCCCGAGUGGGGCAACGCCGGCCCCGAGGACUCGGGCAGCUACAACCAGUGGCCCGAGGACACCGGCUUCUUCCGCCGCGAGGGCGGCUGGAACACCGACUACGGCCAGUUCUUCAUGAGCUGGUACUCGCAGAUGCUCGUCGAGCACGGCGAGCGCAUCCUCUCCGCGUGCUCCUCCGUCUUCACCGGCACCCCCGGGGUCAAGGUCUCCGUCAAGGUGGCCGGCAUCCACUGGCACUACGGCACCCGCUCCCACGCGCCCGAGCUCACCGCCGGCUACUACAACACCAGGAACCACGACGGGUACCUGCCCAUCGCGCGCAUGAUCGGCCGCCACGGCGCCGUCCUCAACUUCACCUGCGUCGAGAUGCGCAACCACGAGCAGCCGCAGGACGCGCAGUGCAUGCCCGAGGCGCUCGUCAGCCAGGUGGCCAACGCCGCCAAGGAGGCCGGAGUGGGCCUCGCCGGCGAGAACGCCCUGCCCAGGUACGACGAGACGGCGCACGACCAGGUGCUGGCCACCGCCGCCGAGAAGGCCGAGGAGGACCGCAUGGUCGCCUUCACCUACCUCCGCAUGGGCCCCGACCUCUUCCAGCCCGACAACUGGCGCCGCUUCGCCGCCUUCGUCAAGCGCAUGACGGAGACCGGCGUCAGGGACGUGAGCCGCGAGCAGGUGGAGCGCGAGGCCCAGGGCGUCGCCCACGCCACCCAGGGCGUCGUCCAGGAGGCCGCCGUCGCCCUCUGCAACUAAUCAACUAACUCUCGCCGACGCCGUAGAGAUCUUCUUAUAUGGUGGUAAACUAUGCAUACAUACAUACGUACUACUAUGAUUUGUUGUGAUCCGCGUACGUCGUGGUGUGUACCGACCGAACGAAGGUGGGAAGGAAACAUAUGGGGAUCGAUUCGAUCGAUCGGGUGACUUGGGAGUAGUUGCCGCGUCUGAAGCUUCCAUGGCAUAGCGAUGCCGGUCUCGGCGUCGCUAGCUCAAAGCUUGCAGGGGACUGAUGUACUACUACGUACUAAGCUACCGCAGUAGCAGUGCUGCACUGUAAGAUCGAUACUCUGAAAAUGUUGUAACGCCUUGCUGUAUCUGUUCCGCUAAAGUGAAAUCAAGAACAGAGCUUGGCGAGCA